AUGGAGCGGGAGGAGGUGCAGUGGUGUACAGGCCCAUCUCCAGGCAUGGCUGAGUGGGCGCCCAGCUCGGGGCCCUGCGGGGCUUCGCGGCUGCUCCUGGCGCACAGGCCGCGCCUGCGGGGGGCCCGGCAGCGGGCCCCGUUCCCGCUCCAAGGGUUCGUCAGCCCGACGCUGAGGGCCGGCGCCAGCCUGCUCUCCUUUCCCGAGGGCGGCGCGGGCUUUGCCGCCUGCGCGCCCCGCUGCCGGGCGGUGCCGGUGUCGGGCCUGAAUGAGGCAGGAGAUGCCGUUUCUUGGCAGGCAAGCGGGUGGGCGGCCCGCAUCCUCCAGCAUGAGGUGGACCACCUGCAGGGCAUCCUGUACAUCGACAAAAUGGAGAGCCGGACCUUUGUGAACACACGCUGGAUGGAGCUGAAUGCGUGAGCCCCCUCACGCAGCUGAGGCUGCUGUGCCCAGAGCAGGGGACUGGGUGCUGCAUCAUGGGCAGCUGGAGUGACCAGCUUGGGUUGUAAUGGGGCGAGACUUCUGCUCUGAGUGAGGGCCAGAUGGAUGCACUCUGGAGGGAGGAGGAAGCUGACUCUGACACUGACAGCAAGGAAAAUAAAUGUGUUGCACAGCUCA